AUGCCAAGUAACGCAUUCCUCGGCCGAUCCUUCAUAGUCACCGGGGGUGCCUCCGGGAUCGGCUUCGGGGUAGUGAAGAAGCUCCUCGGUCUGUCCGCCACAGUGCACGUCCUGGACCUUGCGGCAUCACUUCCCAAUGACCCUCAAGGCGCUUCAGACCGGCUAAAUUUCUACCCCAGAACUGACGUGAGCUCCCGAGAAGCCAUCAAAGCCACAUUCCAAUCGAUCCUUGAGAAAUCCCCCGACAUCCACGGUCUAGUCAACUGCGCCGGUAUAUCGCCCCGAGACACCUUCAUCCCGGAAUCUGACGAGGACUUCAACAACACCAUGGCCGUUAACCUCCACGGUGUCUGGAACACCGGUGCCGAGUAUCUACGCUACAUCUCUGCAAAAUACCCUCACGACAGACCAGACAAUGUGAACAUCGGCAGCAUGGUCAACAUCGGCUCCACGUCGUGGGCGAACGACUUUGCUCCGCGCGUGAGGGUUAACUGUGUGGCUCCCGGGAUUACGGAGACACCGAUGCUGCAGAAGCAGGUGGCUCUGGGGGAACGGAUGGAUGCAUACAAUGCUGCGAUUCCCAUGACUCGACUGGGAAGCUGUGAGGAGAUUGCCGAUUCGGUGGUGUUUUUGUUGGGGGAUGGCUCGAGCUAUAUUACGGGACAAGUUCUUCCGGUCAGUGGUGGGUUGGUUUAG